UUACGGAACAUGUACUGUGCAUGCCAAGACUUUUCAUCGUUAAGCUCUUUUCUCACAACUUAUAAUUUUCAGUUAACCCGAGCUCAUUAACCUAACCACCACGAUACACAACUGCUUAAUUAUAAGAUUCUCACUUGUUUAAGAGGGUAAUGCAACCUAAAUAGUCCAAGGUGUUUAAUAAUUCACCAAAAAUACCUCACUCCUGGAUCGUAGCUUCAGGCUUAUAUGGAUGAAGGGAAAUAAGUAUCCCGGUGGUGCAUUUGCUGUUUGACUCUAGUAUUCCGUACACUUUCAACUCUUCAACCAAAGUAGGGGGAAAUAUUAGGGAGACGUAUCAGCCGGAGAUAUUGAAAUGCGGCCACUGCUGCGACAAGUCGCCGCGGCGCCUUUCCGUUCUAAACCAUGCCACGAGCUGUCAAGGACACAGGAACUCGAUGUCCUACUACUACGGUCUAGCAAUGCGCUCAUCUUCCAACCCGCAAUGCGGAGGCCGACCCAGCUAUCGAGGAUAUGUAAUGUCUGUCGCCAAAUACGGCGGUACACCAGCAACACUACAACUACCACCAACCCACUAAAAGAGGAGGAGGCGAAGGAGAGAAAGGCGAAAACGUCAGAUCCUCUACGCAUCCUAUUCUGCGGCUCCGAUGAAUUCAGCUGUGCCUCCCUCGAAACGCUGCAUCAGGAGCAUAUACGCAACCCGGCGCUCAUCCAGUCCAUCGACGUCGUGGUCCGGCCGGGUAAGCGCACGGGGAGGAAAAACAAAUUCAUCCAGCAUCCACCGAUUAGAGACCUAGCUACGAGGCUGGGCCUUCCGAUCCACGAGAGGGAUACUUUUACAGGAUGGGAUAUGCCCUCUCACAUCAACCUCAUAAUCGCCGUAUCCUUCGGCCUCUUCGUGCCCCCGCGUCUCCUCGGCGCAGCCCAAUACGGAGGCCUAAACAUCCACCCCUCUCUCCUGCCCGACCUGCGCGGGCCCGCCCCCCUGCAACACGCCCUGCUCGCCGGCCGCACUCACACCGGCAUCAGCCUGCAGACCCUCGACCAUCAAGCCUUCGACCACGGCUUGAUUCUUGCGCGCACGCCGCCCCUGCCGAUCCCCCCUGGUGCUGACUACGCGAGCUUACUCGCUUACGCAACGCCCCUGGCCGCGCAGUUAUUAGUGCAGGGGCUGAGGGAAGGGCUCCACGUCCCGCCGCUAGAGGAGGCGGCGGAACAUAGCCAUGGGCCGGAAGAGAGUGGGAGUCAGGAUCGAGAGGUGGUGGAAUCACGUGGGCACCCAGAAAAUCUCCUCCACGCGCCUAAAAUCACAAAACAAGACCGCCAGCUCCGAGUCAGCACUCUACCGCACUUAUGGCGCCGGUACCGCGCGCUAGGCCCGCCGUGGUUCUGGGCGCGCGGUCGGCAGCGUAUGCGGAAGCAGGGUGUGCGGAAGCGCGUUAUUGUUGAGCGAGUUGCUGGCGAAGACGCUACGCUAUCGGAUGUAGCGCUUACUUUCACCCUUACUGCAGAUGCGAGCUCCACGUCUGGUUUUAGUAUAGAUGAGAAGCAGAAGAAGACGCUGGUCCUUGAUGCGGCUGCGUAUGCUGCUGCAAGUGGAGUCGGGCCUAGUGUACCGCGGUUAGUAGCUUUUGAGCAGGACGAUGCCGCUGGUGGCAUUGACGGUGAAGGUAUUAGUGAGGCGGAAAACAGUGCCGAGCAAACUCAUCUCGUGCUGUGGUUUCCCGAGGGAGAUAGCGAAGUGUGUUACUUAGGACCCUACCGCAUCGAGAUGGUAAACGUUGAGGGCGACAGGCCAAGGCCGCCGGCGCGGGCGCUGAAGAAAUUCCUUGUCCCAGUGGAGUUACCUGAGAUUGAAUGACGGAAGACGAGUACGGGUUAGUAAGGAGGAGUGGUUGUGAGUAAGGAAAGCUUGUUGAUAGUAGCGCUUGGGAACCUGUAUAGUAUCAAGCAAAUCACAUGGCAGAACGGGGAACAAAUAAAAUAGAGAUUUAUUAGUACACGACAAAUAGUCUAGUUCCUUGUAGAACUAAUGUCGACACAUAGU